CUCCUCCUCCCUCUUCACAAGGCAGCUCUUUCCGUCUUUCAUCCAGUCUUUCUACAAUUUAAAGACGCAAUGUUCCCCGCAACCAGACGGAGAAGUCGUCUCAUCACCGGCUGCCAACGAUGCAGAGCCCGGCACUUAAAGUGCGACACCAAUCUACCCUCCUGUGCACAUUGUCACCGAGCAGGAAUCGACUGUAAGCGAGGCUUCAACGUCCGCUUUCGAAGAGGGCUAAAUCUGCCCACGGAGACUGCGACUGCGUUUCCCGGGCAAGAUCUGUGGCCGGACUUGCUGGGUUCUGUGGAGUUCCUGGAUGAGACGCAGGCUAUCCAGCGACUUUAUGAGGUGGGUCGGUCACCGCAGCUCUUGGACGAUGAUUGUCGGUUCGUGUGGUCGCCGUGUGAUCUAUCGUCGAGCCCUUUCACCGACAAUCCGAGCCCAGGCCAUCCCGCUGGGUCUAUGCUAGAUGGCCACCGAUCAGUCUGCGUGAGCGCCGGACAGAGCAGUCACGAUAGUGGGCCGGUGGCCGUGAGAGCGCGGGGUUCUAUCCGGCCUAUCAUCGGUCAUUCAGGAGCUCUAGGCACAAACAGUCCGCCAAGCAUCAAGCAGUCAACGACGCAUCAACCGGCAUUCAGCGCGCGGGAAGCUAUCUUGAUGCGUAACUUUGUCGAGAACAUGGCGUUAUGGGCCGAUAUCACUGAUCCCGAUCGGCAUUUCGAGACCGAUGUGCCGGUAAAAGCGGUUCAGGAACCGGCUUUGCGCUCGGCGAUCUUCGCCUUCUCCUCCCGACACAUCGACCGACAGCGCAGAGUCGAUGCGUCCGAGGCUCUACAGUACCAUAACCACUGCCUGCAACUUCUGAUUCCGGCCCUGUCCGGCUCGAGCGCAGACAUAACGGAUGUCGUCCUUGCAACGGUUGCGAUCCUCCGACAGCACGAAGAAAUGGAGCCUGACGACAAUCAAUUCCAUUUGGCUGGUACAGCGCGCAUCCUAAACACAAUAUCGUCCUUCGGCUCAUCGGGAGGGCUGGGCGAGGCAGCGGCCUGGCUCUGUCUCCGUGAAGAUAUAUACAUCUCGCUCAUCUCGCAGAAGCCACUGCGGACGAACCUCGAGAGCUUCCACCGGUCCACUGUCUUCGUGAGGAAUGACGACUUUGCAUGGGCCAGUCGGAUGGUCUUUCUGCUGGCGAAAGUCCUCAGUGGUGCGUUCAAUCCUGGUGGUCACGAGCCAUCUGUGGAUCUAAGCGGGCUGCAGGGACUGGCACAGGAAGUGGAGGCCUGGAACAAUGCAAAGCCUGCGUCUUUCGACGCGAUACGCUCCGUACCACGCGGAAAGGAUGUUCAGCAGCGAUUGCCGGAGAUUUGGAUGUUGCUGCCUGUCCACGUUGUCGGGGCACAGUACUAUCACAUCGCAAAGAUCGUUCUGGCCGUCACCACUUGCCCCAGUCCCGCGCUCGUUGCUCAGAACUUCCAAGUCUCCAGACAAAUCGAGAAAGUAGUCAGGUACCACCUCUUCAUGGUCCUCGGCUUGGCCAAGUCCAACUCCAAAGCGGAGAAUACGCUGUUCACUGCGCGUCAUAGUCUGGUAGCAUGGGGUUGGGUCAUUCGACGGCGAGAGGAUCAGGAAGCUGCCGAGGCUCUUUUACGUGAGAUGGAAACGAGGACUGGCUGGGAUGUCACGCAGGCGAUUCAGGCUUUACGGGAGCAAUGGGCCGACGAUGAUUCGGACUGCUAACGCCAGAUUUCGGAUUUGCGGAGGGAGAACAUAUCCACCCUCAUGGUCCGCCAUUUGUUCCACCUGCACGGGGAAAAGAGCGGUCACGGG